AUGAUGCUGGAGGUGCAAGAGGAAAGAGCAGCAGCCACAGCAGGAAACUUCAGCCGGAAAGAGCGCGUCAAGAAGGAGCGGGACGAGGCAGGCCCAGACAGUGGCCGAGCCAAUAGCAGCACUAACCCCUCCUCUAAUAACCACAACCCCGCCCCUAACUCCGCCCUCGCCAGCACAGGCCAUAGGAACCCCCGGGCAAAGGCCACACCCUCGGCCAGCCCGCACCUGCACUUGACUCCGCCCUCCGUCUCCCUGGGAUCGCCGUCAAUGCAUUCCAGCAAUCCCAAAGUGAGGAACUCCCCGUCGGCUAACACGCUGAGGUGAGCUAGGUCCAUGUCUGCUAUUAUGUCUCUCUCUUGGCUCUUUAAAACAGGGGUACACCUCAACUUUAAGGACAAAUUAUCCUCCGCUCCGCCCGCGGGCCACAGGUUGUACAUUCCUGCUUGACAACCUGUCAGUCCCACUGCAUAAUGAAAGAGUUUGGAUGCCUUCCACGUUGUCUCAAAAGCAAUCGGGCUGCGUAUCUCUUGCGAUUGCUGUAUCACCUCAAUGUGGUUCUUGAGAUGUUUAACACUUCUCCAGGCGUUAUGAGAUCGGAUAGUCUCUACAAUUAAGACUACCUAGAACGAACCCUUUGUCCUUCUCUGAUUAAGACCACCAUGUUGGCUGCCAUGCCAUCUGACUCUCCAUUCUGUGUUGUAGUUAUAGUGUGGUAUUUAUUGAAUCCUGUCUAGUAGUCGGAUCUAAGUCCUCCGCUCCUAAACCUGCCAAGAGGCCAGGCGAGCUCAGAUCUAGCAGAUCUGGCAUCCUGUGUGAGGUUACAUGACGACCAGACUUGGUGAACUACUCUGGCCUGUUAAAGCUUAACCUAGUGCAGCAGGUCCUGGCUGUGCGUGAGCCCUGGAACAGUGACAUGAGUGUCUCCACCCUGCAGCUGCCUCUCUGCCAGCCCAUCCCGGCCCGGCCUGUGCUGACUCAGGCCCUCUGGGGCUAGUAUAAAGGCUGCAGCUGCACUGCCAGAGCCCCGCUGGGGCCCAUCUCACAGUAGGCACGCCGGCCAUAUUGGCUCAACGUUUGGCUUCGGAUCCAUAUUAGCUCCGGUUUUGGCUGCGAGGCCAUUUUGGCUGGGUUUUUAGAAGAGUGCUAGGGCUUAUGUUUCACUGCUAGCUGGAAAGGGAGAGCUGGAGAGGAAAGCUCCAUUUAAAUGGAGGAUUGACUGAGGCCUGGUAGGGGCCUGUUUGGGGUUUGUUGUUACUCCCAUUGAGUGCUGUGACUGCCAGUCAACUAUUUUCAAUCAGUCGGUGGACUUUUAGCCCAGUGCAGUGGUCAUGCUAAACCUUGUACCACCAGCAAUGGAUUCUGGCAGUGUUCUCGAGCUACAUUAGUGUGUGGUCAGACCAAUGACUGAAGAGGAAGCGAGACACCCCACUCGCUGUUUUUAUUUUCUGGUUCAAUGAAAGUCCAUGAACUAAGUAGACCAUACCCAGCUGCUAUUGCAUUGGUGUCUAUAGAAGACACAUCCAGUUAAGUACUGGAACUGACAAUUAUUUUUCAAUGCCUGAGUGAACUAUCUUCAUUUAUCCACCAUCUUUGGUCAGAGUACCCCUUCCGCAUCAGUUGUGCUUCCCUGUGUUAGGUUCAACAUCCCGUUUCUUCUCCGACUUCACCGUGUCGGCUACAGAGCAGCCCCCUGUCCAUAUGUAACUGGUCUCCAUGGCAAUGGGGCGAGUUGUGUUCCUGUCUCUAGGUUUCGGCCCAGCACAGGGAGAAAUAAGGCUGUGUACUAGUGCCUACUUUAACAGGGCACCGAUUAUAUAUUAACACCCCCCUCCACCUCCCCUGCUGUUCCCAACUCUGUCAACAAAGAAAGGGUGAGGACUGGAGGUGGCCGUGUUUACCCUUUUAUUAGUCACUCACCUGCAUGCGUCAUGCCUCCCCGGCCAGGAUCUGGGCUGUGUUCAUUAGGGCACGCAACAGAAAAUGUUUUAAGAGGUUUUCAACGGAAAAUGAAAAGAAGCGUUUCUUAUUGGACAAGUCCAGGGAGUCCCUCCCUGUUUCAGUCCAUUUUUGAACGUAUUGGUGCCUAAUGAACAUGAUCCAGCUGCUGAUUUAAGAGUGGCGCUUUCUCAGGGCGGGGAGCUGCCAUGUGCCUCUCUCAGCCUCUGGGAACUAGUCUCAGCUGUAGUACUUGCCUGUCUGUUCUCGCUGGAACGUUUAUGUAAGAGAAUAUUAAUGGCUCUUCUGUGAUUUCUCAUGUGUUGUUGAUCAUGACGGCAGUUGGUGGUUUGAUGUACAGAAUGGGUGUAUUAUUUUCUUCUGUUUAAGUGCAUGCGAUACGACUUUCUUUUGGCUUUCCUGUAUUUUUUAAUUGUUUGAUGUUCCCCCACUAACCCUGGUUGUCUCUUCUCUCCAUCAGCAGUCCCAAACAGAAGCAGGAGGCCAUGGUGCGCUCCCCACCCGUCAUGUCUCCCUCCAGCGCCGCCCAGAUGGAUUCAAAACUGCCCAAUCAGGGAAAACCGGGGGGCGCUGGCAGCCAAUCGCAGCCCUCGCCCUGUGACCCCAAGACUCUAGGCCCUAAGGGGCCUGUAGGGAGCCUGGGACUAAAAAACGGACAAGGCCUGAAUGCAGGCAACGGGGCCAAGGGCAAAAUGAAGAGGGAAAGAAGCACUUCGGUGGAGUCGUUUGAGCAGCGUGACACAGGGACGCCCAACAACGAGGGGGAUCAGAAAGGUAAGGCCGAGCCCUCCCCUACAACUAGUGAUGGAGCCAUCAACAGGUUUAGUCUGUCAACCUAAAAGAAGGCUUUUGAUGUGGAAGACAGAGUUAAGAUAUGCACAUGCAACUCUUAAUGUCAAGUAGGUCAUUUUCUCCAGAAUCUCAAGGCAGAAUAUGGCCCCUAGUGAAAAUGACUGUUCAUACCAAAUAGUGAGAAGCUCCUGUUGAAAAGCAGUGUUGUUUUUUUUCACCUUCAACAUCACAUUGCUGUUGCACCUUCUUCUUAACGGUCCGCCGGGACAUCAACUAGUCAGAGGGGUGAACUCAUACCGGCAAAAUACAAGGACUAGGUCUAGGAUGUUGAAGUGUGCAUUAUUAACUCAUGAUAUUGAGUUGUCUGAGUGGGCUUGUGUCAGUGGGUGUGUAUUUAUGCUCUGUCUGUGUGGGCUUUACUCUCUGUGAUUUGUGACGGAUGUAGAGUCGUGUCCUUAUAAGAUGGCUCCCAGGCUUAUCUGGCAUGUCACGAUGGCCCCCAGGACACACUAUUCUUGGUGGCUGUCUUCCUAGUAAGAGAGAGCGUAUGUAUGUGUAUAUGUGUGUGUGUUCCUCCUCGGGGCUGGCUGUGGUGCUGCAUUAAGACAUCCACACCCCCGUUUAUCUCCUGGUGGAAACAACUCUGUGUGGGCUGGAGCCUUGGAAGAAACCAUCUCACUGUGUUAGAGGGGGUGUCCAGUCAUUUUCCCCUUAGUAUUUCCCUUUCACUGAGACCUCUGGUGGUUACUACUGAGAUUGCUGUUACUGAGCGGGAUCUAAUUCUACUUUCAUAUAUGAAAUCAUAUAAAUGUGAACUGUAUUUUUCUUUGAUAAUGAGCCUACCACAACUAGAUAUUUAUAGAUGAAUGAAAAUGACAACCCUUAUAUUUUACUAUCAUUUGUAGAAGGGUCCUCAGCUGUGUUCCAGUUUUAGUGUGGCAAGUAAAUGGUGAAUGGGUGUAGUGUAUAUUAAUAAAAUACACUCCCAGAAUACCCCUCCGGACACAUCAGUUUGAUUGCUUAGUGUUAAUGUAGAUUGUUAGGUAAUUGUUGGUUUAAUUGACAUGCUUUAGGUGUGUGCCAGUGGCCAUUUUGUUUGUGGCAUGUGCGUCUGUUGAUGUAGCAUGUGGAUCAUUCUGCGCAGGGAGCUUCCACUCCAUCAUGUCAAUCUCCAGCUAACACACACACACCACAUGCGCGCACGCACACACACCAUCCCACCUCAUAAAGUUUUCAGGCUCUAUGCCUCGGGGCCUGCAGUGCACUGCUCACAGCUGCUUGCCUGGAGGGGCCCACAGGUUUGGGGCUGGUGGUGUGGACAGAAGGUUCUACAGUUCUGAAAGCGAGUGGUUUAGUUUGUCGACAGUGCACACUCAUAGUGAUGUGUGAGACUGACUUCAUUUUAAAGUAUACAUACAAUGGCAGACAGGGUGCUGAAGUAGGGAUGCAGAUUAAGCCUAGUCCUGGACUAAAAGUACUUGAAAUAGAGAUUUAUUGGAUCAGGCUUCUUCUGGGUCAGGGAAACCGGCCUUUAAAGUUUAAGAUGCUAUCGUAAAUUAGUGACUGUGUGUGACACGUUUUUGCAUGUUUAGUUGUCUACAUGUGAGACUUUGGGGUAAGGUACAGGGUCAUAUUUGGUAGGCACGAAAUGGAAGAAAACACUAAAAAAUGGAGUGAAAUGGGGUUGUACUAUUUGAACGCUCGUUUUUGUUUUCCGUUGCACUACGUUUUGCCUCAUGAACACGACCCAGGCCACCCCUCAGUGUCCCGCUGUGCUCCCUGUGGUUGUUGUCUGUUUAAAAGACACCGGGCUAAAUAAUUUACAUUUCCACCUCCCCCCCCCCUCUCGCUCUCUCUCUCAGAGAUCAAUCAGGACCGCCCACUUUACUCCGCAUGCCUCACAGGCAGCUUGUUUCCUUCUACUCAUUGGCCCGCUGAGAGCAUUGAUCUGAACUAGUGAAUAGGCAACACGUUAUUUGGUCGUAAAGUGUUAAUGCUGUCGCCUAGCCUGGCCCCAGGUCUGUUUGUGCUCUACAGCCAACUCAUAUCAUCAUUGUCCAUAGGAUUUGGCAAGACAGCACAACCAGUUCUGGAACCAGGCUAUGAAUGCUGCAUCACAUUAUUGUAAAUCCGCAAACACCAGCUAGGCCUAAAUGUGUUGAUCAAUUACAAAAUGCAUACGUGUAAAGCAAAAAAUAAAAAAAACUUAAAGGAUUGGUGAUUUAGGUUUGAUAUCUGAUCUGAAUCUAAAGAAAUACACCUUCACUUGUGCAUGGCAAAAUCAGUAAAUUGUAUUGAGUACAGCUUUAUAGGUGUGCUUGAUUGACACUAGUCUGACUUAGCUCCUUCAUCUCUCUCUGGUGUAGAGUUGGGCAGCCGAGCCAAGAGGCUGUGUGUAGCAGAGCGGCGGCAGCCCUACAGUGGAGCGGACUGGUGCUCUGGGGGCGAGAGUGACGAGGAAGACCCAGGGUUCUUUAGUAAGUACUGUAGCUGCCUGGUCAACUGGUUCCAGAUCUGUUUGUACAGUCUUACCAACUCCUAUGGUCACUGCCACAAACGGUACUCUGGCAGUGUUUACAUAGGCAGCCCAAUUCAGAUCUUUUUUCCACUAAUUGAUAAUUUGACCAAUCAGAUCAGCUCAAAAGACCAAUUAGUGGAAAAAAUAUCAGAAUUGGGCUAACUGUGUAAACGCAGGCAAACAGAUCUGGGACCAGACCAGUGAACUGGGCUUGGGAAGGAACAGAAGUGUGAUUUGCUAUGAGGGCUCCCCGUGGCCCUCCUAAAUAGCGCUGAGAAGAUUACGCAGGCCAAAUGGUCUGGGGCCAUAUGUGUCAAGCGUCUUAGAGUAGGAAGCAGUUUUGCUUUUUAGAUCACAGUGAAAUAAGAUUACAUGGACAAGAACUGAUCCUAGAUCAGCAAUCCUACUCUGGGAUGCUUAAUACUGUAUAUCUCUUCUGAAUAGUUCCAGGUUGUAUUUAUUGCAGUGAACAGAUUAAAUCAGAUCUUACAACGCCCCCGGAGAGGUGAUUUAACGUUUUAGGAACCACGUAUAGCGAUAUUUUGAGAUGUACAAUGGAGACAACCUGGAACGCCACCAUUGGUUAUGAACAUCAUGGUCUGGUCCAUAGUGUUCUCUCAUUCUCACCUCUACUCUCUGUUUCUCUCUCCAGACUGUAAUUCGACAGAGAUGAAGCCUCUGGACUCCAACAACUCGCUCAGCUCGGCCACGUCGACACACAAUGCCGUUGGAGGGCAGAGCAUGGAGCUGGGCGGCAGCGGUCCCAAGCCCGGGUCAAAGGUCGUGUACGUCUUCACCACAGAGAUGGCCAACAAGUAAGCUAGCUCUGGCUGUUUGUUUGUAUGGUUGAUUGGUCAUUGUUCAUGAUCUGUACAUUUAAAGUAUACCACACACUGAAUUCUCUCUCUAGAUUUAACUGUGGCAGAAACUCCCUCAGGCCAAUGCUUCUUUGACCAAUCCGAUGCUUUUAUAUCUGACAAGGAGGGUGCAAGUUCACACUUCUGGAGAAGGGUCGAGACUAGUGAAUGCAUUCAAAAAUGAAGUGAAGUCACCUGAUGGAAACCCUAGUGUGGGGUGUGUUGGCCCCUUCCCUCCCGACGCUUCGGAGAGCUCUAGCCAGUUCCCGGGUCUCUGACCGGUACACUACCAUCUCCUCCUCACACCCCCUUUACACUCCACACACCCUUGUCUGCCCUGAGUAGCCUAGCCAGCCCCCUGGUCAGUGUGUUCUGUCUGUCACUGACAGACUAGCUGUGAGUGAUGACAGAGGGUCACCCAAACUCCGGGCUGUCCCCUAGUGGGGUGGUCCCAUUUGAUUGACAGGGGAUGACAACAAUGUCUCUCUCUCUCUCCCCCCCCCCCCCCCCCCCCCUCUUGUCUGCCCUGAGUAGCCCAGCCAGCUCCCUGCUCAGUGUGUUCUGCCUGUCUCGACCUCUGAAUGCUCGGCUAUGAAAGCCCACUGACAUUUACUCCCGAGGUGCUGACCUGUAGCACCCGCUAUAACCACUGAUUAUUAUUUGACCCUGCUGGUCAUCUUUGAACGUUUGAACGUCUUGAAGAACGAUCUGGCUUUAAUGACCAUGUAGUCUUAUAUUCUCCACCUGGCACAGCCAGAAGGGGACGAAAAUGGCCACCCCUCAGAUCCUGGUUCCUCUCUAGGUUUCUUCCUAAGUUCCUGCAUUUCUAGGGAGUUUUUCCUAGCCACUGUGCUUUUACAUCUGCAUUGCUUGCUCUUUGGGGUUUUAGGCUGGGUUUCUGUAUAAGCACUUUGUGACAUCUGCUGAUGUAAAAAGGGCUUUAUAAAUACAUUUGAUAGAUUGAUGAGGAGAGAUGACGAGGCCAUUCCAGCCCUGCCACUCCUGUCCCUAACCAUGGAGCUCUCAUCACCUGUUUAGUUCACCUGUGUAGUUCAACUGGCUAUUACUGCGUAUAGUUGCUUGAACUCCCUCCCAGAGCACAUUGGCUGUGUUUACACAGGCAUCCCAAUUCUGAUGUUUGCCCAAUUAUUGGCAAAAGAGCUGAUCUGAUUAGUCAAAAGACAAUUAGUGAUAAAAAAUUGCCCUAGACAUCUCCUAACCUCAUGCUUUGUAGGAUUGGAUCCUUGAGCUGCAGUGAAUGAAGGACUCCUUCUUCUUCGUUGGGGUUUUAUGGUGGUGUGCAUACCAGUAUUGGGUGCAUUGCCGCCGCCUACCUGGCUGGAAUGUGAUGAGACUAAUGGAGGUGUUCCAGAUUCUGCACUCUAGUCUACAUGAAUGGAAGAAGUAAUUGGAGAGAGUAAUUGAGGCUGCUGUGGCCUAUUCGCAGACGGGUGAUUAUGGUUUUUGAUCGUCUUGAGUCCUUUGUGGUUAUUGCUGAUUUGAAACCAGUCGGUGGAUAGAGUAUAUAGAUGCCUUCCCUUUCCCCGUCUGUGAUUUUGAUAUGUGAACCAAGGAGUAUGCCAAGUAGAUUUAAAGGCCCAUGAUAUCAACAUGCAGUAAAUUAGUUAAUAGACCAAUAAGAGUUCCAACCCUCUGUGCCAAUAACAGCUCAUUUCAGUUUUCCACUCCCAACUAAGACCACUCCCAGACAGUCCUAGCUAAAUUCUUGCUUGAGAAAUUGCCCUUUGCAAUUUUGGUUUAUUUUUGACUAUUUUAAUUGAAAACAAUCACAGUAAGGUACCUAAUUGUUACCCAGAAAUACAUUUUUAAAAAACGUCUGCAUUGGACCUUUUAAUGUCUGCUGUGGUUAUUGUUCACAAUUGUGCCAAUAUGGCUUUAAUGAUAGGCUUCAAUGAUAGGCUUCAAUGUCUGGGUUGGCGCCCCCCCCCUUGGUUUGUGCUGUGGUGGAGACCUCUGUGGGCUAUACUCGGCCUUGUCUCAGGAUUGUAAGUUGGUGGUUGGGGAUAUCCCUCUAGUGGUGCGGGGGCUGUGCUUUGGCGGAGUGGGUGGGGUUAUAUCCUUCCUGUUUGGCCCUGUCCGGGGGUUUCUUCGGAUGGGGCCACAGUGUCUCCGGACCGCUCCUGUCUCAGCCUCCAGUAUUUAUGCUGCAGUAGUUUAUGUGUCGGGGGGCUGGGGUUAGUUGGUUAUACCUGGAGUACUUCUCCUGUCUUAUCCAGUGUCCUGUGUGAAUUUAAGUAUGCUCUCUCUAAUUCUCUCGUUCUCUCUUUCUCUCUGAGAACCUGAGCCCUAGGACCAUACGUCAGGACUACCGGGCAUGAUGACACCUUGCUGUCCCCAGUCCGCCUGGCCUUGCUGCUAUUCCAGUUUCAACUGUUCUGCCUGUGGCUACGAAACCCCUACCUGUCCCAGACCUACUGUUUUCAACUCUUAAUGAUCGGCUAUGAAAAGCCAACUGAGAGACCUGAGCCCUAGGACCAUACGUCGGGACUACCGGCCGUGGUGACUCCUUGCUGUCCCCAGUCCGCCUGGCCUUGCUGCUAUUCCAGUUUAAACUGUUCUGCCUGCGGUUAUGGAACCCCUACCUGUCCCAGACCUGCUGUUUUCAACUCUUAAUGAUCGGCUAUGAAAAGCAAACUGAGAUUUAUUCCUGAUUAUUAUUUGACCAUGCUUGUCACUUAUGAACAUUUUUGAACAUCUUGGCAUGGUUCUGUUAUAAUCUCCACCCGGCACAGCCAGAAGAGGACUGGCCACCCCUCAUAGCCUGGUUCCUCUCUAGGUUUCUUCCUAGGUUUUCGCCUUUCUAGGGAGUUUUUCCUAGCCACCGUGCUUCUACACCUGCAUUACUAGCUGUUUGGGGUUUUAGGCUGGGUUUCUGUACAGCACUUCGAGAUAUUAGCUGAUGUAAGAAGGGCUAUAUAAAAUAAAAUUGAUUGAUUGAUUCAUUUAUUAAUCUGAUUUGGAAAUGGGACUCUUCCACCUGUAGCAUGUUUGAAAUGCACACACACACACACACACACACACACACACACACACACACACACACACACACACACACACACACCUACUCAUAAGUGUGCCCCUCUGUCUGCAGGGCAGCUGAUGCGGUCUUCACUGGCCACUCGGACAACAUCAUUGCCUUCCACAUGAGCAACAUCUCCAAGGGCAACAAGCCCCAUCUACCUGUGGUAAGACUAACCCACUUCAAUACAAACUACUUUUAACUAGCUUAAUAUUUCUCAUAACAUUUGGGGAAUCAUCAAAACCUAUCAGACCAUUUGCAUUGUGCCCCAUGUUGGUCUGGUAAUAUAAUGUUAAAACUUUAAGCAUGGUUCGGAUAAUGUUAUGAUAUUGGUCCAACUCAAAAUAAUUAUGUAUUUUCUAAAGCUAUGUUAAUUAUUCAACCGGGCAUGCUUUGAGUGUCUGUUAAUGUGUAAGAGUCAGUGAACGGGAACUUUUGGUAACCCCACCAACCCCUCUCUCGCUCUCACCCUGUGUUGUAGAAUAAUCAGAUGGGACCCCCUCGGGGUGACUCCAAGCAGCCGGGCGGAGCCCCCCAGCAGCAGUCAUCUCACCCUUCCGACCAGAACCACCAGCAGGCCUCCAAAGCACCUCCACCAGGCCAGCAGCAGCCAGCAGAAGCUCAGCCUCAGGGGGCCAAGCCUGGGAGCUUCCCCCAGGACGGGGCCUCCUCUGGGGGCAUGGACUCUAAGAGCGGAAGCCCCCAGGACGGCACGCCCCACGACCCUAACAGCAACCCUGGAGGGACACCCGGCCACCAGACCCCCUCCGGGGCAUCCCAACAGGGCUUCCCCUCUCUGGACCUUCCCAAUGGGGCCGACGCUAAACUCACGGCCCAGCAGCAGCAGCUGGCCCACGAGCUGAUGUCCAGCAUGGGGGACAACUCAGAGGGCCUGUCCCAGGAGCAGCUGGAGCACCGCGAGCGCUCCCUGCAGACGCUCCGGGACAUCCAGCGCAUGCUCUUCCCCGACGACAAGGAGUUCUCCCUCAAAGACAUGGUAGCCAUGGGGCAAGGCAACCCGGGCGGGCCCCCUGGGUCCAACCCCGGCAUGAUGGAGGGGGGGCCCAAGAAGCCAGGGGAGCAGGGCCCCCUCCAGGCCAUGAUGGCCCAGUCCCAGAGCCUGGGGAAGCCUGGAGGCCCCGGGGGGCCCCGGCCGGACGGCCCUCCGUUUGGGCCCGGAGGCCUCAGAGACAUGCCCUUCUCCCCAGACGAUCUGGGGCCCCCGCCUCCUGGGCCACAUAUGAACUCUCACGGAGGGCCCGGCGGUGAGCACGGGGAUCACACAGGGAUGAACCCGGAGCAGAUGGCAUGGCUGAAGCUGCAGCAGGAGUUCUACGAGGAGAAGAAAAGAAAGCAGGAGCAGAUGCAGCACCGGGGGCCCAUGGGUGACAUGAUGAUGCACCAACAAGGCCCCCGGGGCCCCAUGAUGCGCGGGCCCCCGCCUCCCUACCAGAUUAACUCGGCUGGGGAGAUGUGGGGCCCAGAGCACUUCCCAGAGCAGAUGAGCAUGGGCCCCCGGGGCCCCAUGCACCCCCACAUGCAGAGGAUGCCCGGCGGCUUCCCUCCUGGCAUGAUGAACCCGGGUAUGGAGGGCGGCCCAAACCCCAGGGGGCCCCGGACCGGCAUGAACUGGCCCGACGACAUGGGACCCAACAUGGGCGAUGGCAGGGGUUUCCCGCCCGGACAGGGGCCGUUUGUAGGGCCAGGGGGUCGGGUGGAGAGGUUCCCCAACCCACAGACGGUGCAGGAGGCCAUGUUCCAGCAGGGCAUGGGGGGUGACAAGCAGGGCAUGGGGCUGCCCCCGGGCAUGAUCAUGGAGAUGAACAGGAUGAUGGGGGGUAAUGGCCCCCGGGGGCCAAUGGACGGCCCCGGCAAUGGCCCUAACGGAGGAGGCAUGAUGUUUCCCAGAAUGCCUGGCGACGUUGGCCCCAUGAGCCCAUCCUCCAGGAUGGAGUUUGUCAAGGGCUUGGGCCGCGACAUGGGCCAUGAGUUCAGCAUGGGCCCUGGGAACAUGAACAUGGGGCCCAACCCCCAGAUAAUGCAGGCUAAGAUGAGGGGGGAACCUCCCAUGAACAUGAGCCCCGAGGAGAUGAUGAAGAUGAGAGGAGGCUCCAUGCCAGAGAACAUGGGCCCUCAGAAGAUAAUGCAGGGGCCUCCCUUCCCUGACCAGGGGCACCACCCAGGGGACUUCAACAUGGGCCCCAACCGGCACUUCCCAGGCAUGGGGCCUCAUGGGCCAGGGCCUGGGAACCCUAGGGGCCCCAGGGGCGAACCCCCCUUCGGCCCUGACCAGCGAGGACCCAACCAUGGCGGCAACGGUCGCCUCAGCCACAUGCCCCCCAACCCGGGCCCGCCCCCCAACCAGAGGAACAUGGGGGGCCGCAAGGGACCCCAGGACAUCCAGGGUGGCCAGGCUAACUCACCCAAUAUCAACCCCCUCAAGUCCCCUACGCUGCGGCAAGUCCAGUCCCCCAUGCUGGGCUCGCCCUCUGGGAACCUCAAGUCCCCCCAGACGCCCUCCCAGCUGGCCGGCAUGCUCCAGGGGCCUUCGGCGGCGGCAGUGGCUGCAGCUGCGGCGGCCGCCUCCAUCAAGUCUCCCCCCAUGAUGGGUUCAGCCGGAGCCUCCCCCGUCCACAUGAAGUCGCCCUCGCUCCCGGCCCCCUCCCCAGGGUGGACGUCGUCCCCUAAGCCCCCCAUGCAGAGCCCGGGCAUCCCCCAGAACAACAAGCAGCCGCCGCUCAGCAUGACCUCACCCAACAUGAUGGGCAACGUGGAGCAAGGUGAGUCCCAGAAUGUUCUCCUCUGUUAGCCUUCCAUCAAUUCAGUUCAGUAGAUUGUGCUUAAUGGACUGAAUCUUGACUUGACUUAACUCAGACUCAGGCAAUGGGACAUUUUUUAUGAAAGCUUGACUUGAAUUAGGAUUCAGCCCUACGUGUUCUCUGCAUAAGAAGAUACAGUGGAUAUUUAUGUAACUAAUCUCUCUUCUCUCUCCCCUUCCUCCUCCUCUCCCUCUCUUCUCUCUCUCCUCCUCCUCUCCCUCUCUUCUCUCUCCCCUUCUCCUCUUCCUCUCUUCUCUCUCCCCUUCUCCUCUUCCUCUCUUCUCUCUCCCCUUCUCCUCUUCCUCUCUUCUCUCUCCCCUUCUCCUCUUCCUCUCUUCUCUCUCCCCUCUCCUCCUCCUCCUCUCCUCCCUCCUCUCCUCUCUCCUCCUCCCCUCUCCUCCUCUCCUCCCCUCUCUCCUCUCCCUCUCUUCUCUCUCCCCUCCUCCUCCUCUCCCUCUCUUCUCUCUCCCCUUCCUCCUCCUCCUCCUCUCCCUCUCUUCUCUCUCCCCUUCUCCUCCUCCUCCUCCCUCUCUUCUCUCUCCCCUUCUCCUCCUCCUCUCCCUCUCUUCUCUCUCCCCUUCUCCUCCUCCUCCUCUCCUCCUCCUCUCCCCUUCUCCUCUCCUCCUCCCCCCUCUUCCUCCUCCUCCUCUCCUCCUCCUCUCCCCUUCUCCUCCUCAUCCUCCCUCUCUUCUCUCUCCCCUUCUCCUCUUCCUCUCCCUCUCCCCUUCAGGAGGGAAUGGCCCCCCCACAGCUCCCCCUUCCAGUAGUGCUUCCAGUCUUCCAUCUGGCAGCCCCUACGCCCUGCCCCCUGAGCCCACGAUAUCCCAGAACCCCCUGUCCAUCAUGAUGUCACGCAUGUCCAAGUUCGCCAUGCCCACUUCCACGCCCCUCUACCACGACGCCAUCAAGACAGUGGCGAGCUCGGACGACGACUCGCCACCCGCCCGCUCUCCGAACCUGCCGCCCAUGAACAACAUGUCUGGUAAGAGCUCUGACAUGCAGUUAUAUUUUGCACACACACAGCUUUACCUGAGAGGUAGCAGUUUAGACCAGGCCAUUUUCCAUUAAAACACAUUACAAAUCAUAAAUACUUAUACAUUUGCAAUUGUCUUCUACCCACACCCCUGGAGCCUAAAACUUUCACUAUACCAAGGCAUAAGUGUAUGCCAACCAUUUUAUUUGUUUUUGUUCUUUGUUUUAUGGUUUGAAUGUAGUGAUCUCACCCUGCCUGUCUCUCUGCUGCCUCCUAUAGGUAUGGGAAUGAACCACCACCCAGGCCACAACCGCAUGAUGGCUCCCACGUCACAAGGCCCCAUGCCCGCUCUUAGCCCCAUGGGCAUGAACACUAUGGGCUCCCAGCCGCUCUCCCACGGCAUGCCUAACCAGAUGCCCUCGCCCAACCCCAUGGGGGGACCCCACCAGGGGCCCAUGGGGCCGGGCAUGAUGGGGCCCCACGGCAUGAUGAUGCCCGGCGGGCAGGACCCAGGGAUGGGCAACCCUCAGAUGAUACCUCAGGGCCGAAUGGGCUUCCCCCACCGAGGCCAGGGAUUCCCCCCCGGUCACUCCCCUCCUCACCAGGUCCCCUUCCCCCACAACAGCCCUGGGCCCCAGGGUGGUUUCCCCCACGGCAUGGGCUUCCAGGUGGAGGGGGGCCCCAUGGGCAGAAUGGGCAACAUGGGCCCCGGCAGGGAUCCGGGCGGCAUGUGUAAACCCAACACCCCAGGAGGAGGACAGGACUUCAACAUGUUCAACAAUGAUAACGACCUCCACGAGGUCAUGAGAACGGGAGCCACCGGAAUGCCGGAGUUUGACCUCUCCCGGAUUAUCCCAUCGGAAAAGCCCAGCCAGACUCUGUCCUACUUCCCCCGCGGUGGCGACGGCCCGGGGGGGAAGCCACCUCACCCCUCCGGCCCCCAGGGCUUCCCUCCCCAGAUGCAGGGGAUGAUGGUGGAGGGGAACCCCAGGAUGGGGAUGCCCAUGCAGGGGAUGGGGGGUCCGCCGGGCCCCGGCCACAUGGGGGGGCCCCAAGACAUGCCAAUGGGGAACCCUGGCCACAAUCCCAUGCGGCAGCCACACCCGGGCCACCCCGGCUUCAUGCCCCAGGGCAUGAUGGGACCCCAGCACCGGAUGCUGUCGCCGGGGCAGCAGCCGGGCAUGAUGGGAGGACCUGGGCCGGGGAUGAUGCAGGUUAAAGAGAGGGGGGGCCCCAUGUACAAUCACCCGGGCCCUGUGGGCUCGCCCAACAUGAUGAUGUCACUCCACGGCAUGGGUGGCCCCCAGCAGACUAUGAUGAUGCCGCCUCAGAUGAGGCCUCGCGGCAUGGCAGGGGACAUGGGCAUGGGCUUCAACCCUGGUCCCGGAAACCCCGGGAACCUCAUGUUCUGA